AUGUCAUUGUGUGGAUUACGGCCUGCAGGGCUGCGCUGGAUCAGCCAGCUUCCUAGAGCUACUUCAUACUCCAGCAAAUUCCGUUAUGCCGUGCCUGCUUCACUGACGACGAUACGGCCUGCACACCACUGCGCGAAAUCUCAAAAGUCUGACGAACCCAUAUUAUCCGUGGGGUUCUGGAGCUCAAAACCGACUUGGAAACGGGCUGGCGUGAACACGUUCCGAUGUCUGAUCGGGUGCAGUCUGGGCGAUUUCUCUGCUAUGUGGUUCUUGCAGUCAUGCUAUCCCGGCAUUGGAACAGGUCUCAUCAUGGGAAUAGCAAUGGCCUCGGGACUGACGUCGUCCAUGCUGCUUGAGACUGUGCUACUCCGGCUGGGCCGCGACCAGUUGUCGUGGAAAGCUGCAGCCAAAACGGCCGCAGGCAUGAGCCUUGUGUCGAUGCUCGGGAUGGAGACCGUACAGAACCUGGUGGACUACCACCUGACGAGCGGCGUGGUUGCGUUUGACGACCCGUCCUUCUGGAUGGCUGCAGCUGCAUCUGCCGGCGCCGGGUUCCUGGCGCCUCUCCCGUACAACUACACCCGGCUGCGGAAGUACGGGAAGGCCUGCCAUUAA